GUCCCGGCCGCGGAGUUCUCGUCGAGGACAAAUAAAAAAUAAAAACAUAUCAAACCAAGUCGGACACUUUGGUUUCGCACUUCUUUUUAUUUAUUGAGAGCACAGAGGACUGGGUCCUAGCAUCUCAAAAGUAAGGAGUCUGAAGAUGGACAAGAAGGUGUGGACAGAGGAGCUCAUUCAGGUGUUCCUGCAGCUCGGGAACGACCGUGUGAACAGUUUCUGGGCAGCAAACGUCCCGCCAAGUGAAGCUUUAUCGCCCUCCAGCAGUAGCGAGAACAGGCGGUGCUUCAUCUCCAACAAAUAUCGCCAGGGCAAAUACAGGAAGUACCACCCGCUGUACGGUAACCAGAGGGAGCUCAACAACGCUCUUUGCAUAAAUGUGCAGAGCAGUGAUUUGUUGGAGACGUUGAGCCUGAUUUUCUGCGGUGCAGAGGUGAAUUGUUCGACUGGAAUGGAAAGUGGUUCUACCCCUGAAUACAUCGCCAGUGCACAUUCACAACCCCUGCAGGCUGAAAUAAUCAGACAUAACCUCAACACAGAGCUGCCUCAGUUACAAGUAGACAGUGCUAUGGAUCUGGAACCUUACCAGCCGUUACCUUGUGUGUCUUACAAUGGUUUCCUGUCUAAAACUGCAUCAAUGACUCGAGCUGUCACGGAACGCAAGUCCAAAGAGGAGUUCAGUCGUCGUUGGUGCAUGUUAAAUGACGGAAACUUCAGCUACUAUGAAAGUGACAAGAACGCCAACCCUAACGGGACAAUAAAGGCAUCAGAGAUGGUCUGUUUGGCAGUCGACACACCUGAGAAACAUGGGUUUGAAUAUACCUUUGAACUAUACUCUGAAAAUGAGCGUCUUUAUCUGUUUGGUACUGAUGAUGCAGACAGCCACAGGGAGUGGGUCAAGUGCCUUGCCAAGAGCUUUAUCCCAGCCUCUGCAGAGCCUUUGCUGCGAUUGAGUUUUGAUCGUAUUGGACGGCUGAAGUGUAAAGAUGGCUUGAACCUACAAAAGUCCAAAGUAGGGUGGUUUGCUCUUGCAGGCUCUACGCUUCACUUCUAUCUGGAGGGCAAUAAGGGAGAGGAGAUCCACCUCCGCAGAGUGAACGAACUCUCUAUCCAACAAGACAGUGAAGUGUUGGUUCUUGUGGAGAGGGGAAGAACUCUGUACAUCGAGGGGGAAAGGAAGUUGGACUUUACAGGCUGGUGUGGGGCCAUCCAGGCAGCAGGAAAGAGCGGAGGAGACAGUCUGAGCCAGCAGCAGCUCACAGAGACAGACGUUCCCGUCAUCGUACAAAUCUGCAUCGACUACAUCACACAGUGCGGUUUGAUGUCCGAAGGAAUUUAUCGCAAGAAUGGUGUGAAUUCCCGUGUGGCAGCUUUGUGCGACCGAUUCCGCCAGGAUGCUCGCAGUCUGCGUCUGAAGGAAGGCGAGCAUCAGGUGGACGAUGUGUCCAGCGCGCUCAAACGCUUCUUUAGGGAGUUAGAAGAGGGACUGUUUACGUCGAAGGACGCCAAGACGUGGCUCAGUGUCACUGGCGUUCAGGAUGAAAGUGAAAAGCUCACACAGUACAAGUUCCUGCUGGACAGGCUUCCUCACGUCAACAAGGCUACACUACAAGCUCUUAUCAACCACCUGUACUGUGUGCAGCGUUAUUCUGAGCUAAAUCAGAUGAACCUCCACAACCUGGCCAUAGUGUUCGGUCCCACUCUGUUCCAAACUGAUGGGAAGGAUUACACGGUCGGCCUCGCCAUUGAGGACCUCAUACAGCACUACACACUCAUCUUUGAGGUGGAUGAACAGCAGUUAAACAAGCAGAUAGAGGAGAUCAAAGCCAUCAUUGACCUGCGAAACAUACACACCACGAAAUUUCCUCCGGUUCAGAAAAAAGAAGGGGACGGCCACUUCAUCUGUACGGUGUACUUGCAAGAAAUAGAGCCAGAAGAGCAACUUGUCAAAGUCCCCGGUUCCAUGACUGCAGCAGAGCUGACCUGUGAGGUUUUGGACCGACGUAAUAUUCUAGUUAAAGAAAAAGAUUACUGGAGCUGCUGGGAGGUCUGUGACAAAGAGGAAAUGGAACGUCCUUUGCAUUACCAGGAGAGAGUCUUACCCAUCCUUCACUCCAUUGGAGCUGAUUCCCGUCUACUAAUCAAGAAACAUCCUGAUAUAGAGGCCAUGAAGGUCUUUCUGGCCAAUAAAGUGGAUGUAUCCAAACACGGGAUAAUGAAGUUCAGAGAAGAACGGAGCAUCUUGGGGUUAGGUCUACCGUCUGGAAAUUUCCACGAACGAUACUUCAUUCUCAACGUCACCUCGCUCAGAAUGUACAGGGAUGUCAGAAGUAAUCGUCCAGAACGAGACUGGCCUGUGAAAAAUUUGAAGAUUUACUUGGGAAUUAGGAAGAAACUCCGACCUCCCACACCUUGGGGUCUGACAGUCGUGUACGAGGGCAAGAAACCAGAGAGACAGCAGUGGUAUCUCUGCUGUGAGACCCAGGCAGAAAUGAGGGAGUGGUGCGCCACGCUUCUUAGUAUUCAGUACAGUGGCAACGUUUGGCCCCAGGACGGAUUCCAGCGGACCCGGGCGUGCCGCACGCUGCCAGAUACCAGUCACGGUAACAUGUCACUGAUACCGCUGCGCGGCAGUGAGAAUGAGAUGCGGAACAGCGUAGCAGCUUUCAGCCAAGACCCACUUGCUCUCUUUAGAGAUGUGCGAUAAAACUCACAGCAACAACAAGGUUGGACGGAGGGGCCCGGCUGGAAUGUUCCAUCAGCCUCAUCCCUCCGGAGAUGGUGCAGAUCAGCGUGACGGACGCUCAGAGAAACACAGACUCCUCUUUUGACAGUGGAUUGUGAUUUUUUUUCUUUCUUUCCACCUUAAAAGGACCAAGAAGUAAAUGAACAGGAUCAAAUGAAAACCUA